AUGAGUCUCCACCAAACCAUCCCUGGAACCGACAUCUAUGGUCCAGGUACUUUCAUUGACAAAGAGGUCCUCCCAGUACCUGAAGAUGCCCGUCGGGUAUUCGAUAUCCUCGCAUCCCGCACUCCAGGCUUCACAAAGGACAAGGCAUUAUGGGACACAGUGAGAUUUGAGGGACAACCAACCCCCAUGAUUCCAGGCCCAAUUAAAGCUCCUGUGGUAUCAGCAGUCCUUCACGCAAUGACAGGCCUGGUAGGCAACGAGAUCCUCGAGCUCCGCGAUGGGAGAAAAGCGACCGAGAACAAAGUGACCGUGAACACAGAUCAUGCGGGAUUCUGGAUUGGUUCCAUCUUCACUUCAUAUCUUGAUGGAGAAGACCUGACAUCUCUAUUCCGAACUGGAAAGCUGAGUUCACUCUUUACGCGAGACAUGCAGAAUGGCUUUGGGAAAGGAAUUGCGUCUCGCACCACGGCUAUAUACCAGACCAAAGAUCCGAAAGUUUGGUACCAGCUUCAUGGCUCGCUCGAUGCGAAUAAAACGCUGGAUUCAAUGGGUAUUGAUCGCAAUAUGUCGUUUAAAACUCAGGAUGAAUACUAUGAUUAUAUCCAAGAACACGUUCGUCAGUGGAGUCCUGAUGAGCUUGAGAUGCAUAAUGUGCGUCAUGGUCUUUGCGGGAGUAUCUGUUAUACCCCUGAAGCGUGGAAUAAGACAGAAUUUGGGAAGAGACUGGCGAAGCAUCCACUUGUGAAUGUUUCCGAGGAGACUUAUGCGAAAUCUACUCCUCCGAUCCCAUUCCCGCUGAACCAAUCUGAUCGACGACCGCUGGCCGGUAUCAAGGUUCUUGAAAUGGUGCGGAUUAUCGCUGGUCCGCAGUUGGGAGUUACUCUUGCUUCAUAUGGCGCUGAUGUGAUUCGAGUGAAUUGUAGUCGACUAACAGACCUGAAUGUAUUGCAAAUGACUCUCAAUGCGGGAAAGCGAACCAUUGACCUGGAUAUUACAAAGGAAGAAGACAUGGCUCGUCUACACGAACUGAUUGAGGACGUCGAUGUUUUUAUCCAAGGGUUCAGACUAGGAUCCCUCGCUCGCAGGGGUCUUGGAUUGCAUGAUCUCCUCAAACUAGCAGGAAAUCGAAACAAGGGUAUAGUCUAUGUCGAUGAAAACUGCUACGGACCAGAUGGACCGUUCGCAGAGCGUCCUGGCUGGCAGCAAAUUGGGGACGCCGCAUCAGGGAGCUCAUAUAUCAUGGGCCAAUCUCAGGGCUAUCAGAAAGGGAAAAGUGUGCUACCGCCUCUUCCUGUCUCUGAUAUGCUGACUGGCAUUAUUGGGGCUCUGGGCGUGAUGAUCGCACUCAGAGAUCGGGCCAUAAAGGGUGGAUCGUAUCAUAUCACGAGCUCCCUGGUGGCUGCAGACGCCUUUGCGCUGGAACAGGAUGUGGGUUUGUAUCCACCUGAGACUGUCCAGGCUAUCAAUAAUCAGUUUCGCUUUGCGCCGAUCACCCCAGACCUUUACGUGACAGAGGUUCUGAGGUUGGUUAUUGAUGGGUGGAAACAAGGAUUGCCAGGAUAUCUGGAUGAGGACUCGAAAUUUAUGAUGAAAUUCGAUGGCAAGGGUUGUUGGGGACAUCAAUCAAUUCUAAAGCCGGUUGCAAGGCUUGGGGAUGAUGAAACGACUCCGACGUGGACCACUCCACCAGUGCCGAACUGCCACCACGACAGGGGAAUUUCGUGGCUUUAA